AUGCAACACCUCCGCCGCGCUGCUCUGCUCGGCCUCCUCCUUGCGGUGCUGGCCCUGUGCGCCAGCGCCCGCUUCGUUCCGGCCCACGACGCGGUGGUGUCGUACGAGGGCCACCAGGUGCUGCGCUUCACCGUGCCGUCGGCCGCCCGCGCCGAGCGGGCCAAGCUGAUGGCCUGGAUCGAAGCCGAGCGGCUCGACAUGUGGGGCGUCCACCCCGAGUGGGUCGACGUGCGCCUCGACAAGGCCUUCCAGGCUCGCGUCUCCGCCCUGGAUCUGCCCUUCCACGUCAUGGUCGAAGAUCUCAACGCCGACCUCCUCGCCGAGCGCGCCUCCAUCGCCGGCUCGGCGUCGGCGUUCUUCGAUACGUUCCGCACCUACGACGAGUUCAACACCUACCUCGACUCUCUGGCCAGCACCUACCCGCACCUCGUCACCAAGAAGACGAUCGGCAAGACCAUCGAAGGACGUGCCAUCAACGGCAUCGUCAUCACUGCCCCCAGCAACAAGACCGACAAGGUGGGCAUCGUGUUCAACGGCGGGCAGCACGCGCGCGAGUGGAUCGGUCCGAUGACGAACGCCUACAUCGCCAAUCAGCUUCUGUCCCUCUAUGACCAGGACGCCCUCAUCACCUUGUUCCUGGACGAGAUCGAGUGGAGCAUUUUCCCGAUCAUCAACGCCGAUGGCUACGUCUACAGCUGGACCAACGAACGCCUGUGGAGAAAGAACCGUCGUGAGAACAAGAACAGCUGGUUCGGAUGCUACGGCGUGGACAUCAACAGGAACUGGGGAUUCCACUGGGGCGAGGGUGGCGCCAGCACUGACACCUGCUCCGAGACCUACCGCGGAGCGAACGCCUUCUCUGAGCCCGAACAGAGCGCGCUGGCCGAGUACAUCAAGUCGCAGGCUAACGUCCGCGGCUACAUCGACUGGCACUCCUACUCACAGCUCAUCCUCGGCCCCUGGGGCUGGAGCACCACGGUGCUGCCGAAGGACAUCACCAAGCAAAACGAGCUGGCCAAGCUGGCGGUGGAGGCGAUCAAGAGCGUGCACGGCAAGGCCUACCAGUACGGCCCGAGCGGUCCCACGCUCUACGUCUCGUCGGGCGGUUCCAACGACUACACCUACGGCGCCCUGAACGUCACCUACUCGUACGUCGUCGAGCUUCGCGACACCGGCCGUUAUGGCUUUGUGCUGCCGCCGAGCGAGAUCGUCCCCACUGGUGAGGAGUCCUUUGCUGCCGUGCGCGUGUUCGCCAACUACAUCCUCCGCGACCUCUAA